GGGGUGCUCUCCGGAAGGACCUCCAUAGCGGGCCAGGGAGUGCUGUGGCCCUGGGACAUCAUCGGCGCCAUGGUGGAGGAAGUCCAGAAGCAUUCUGUGCACACACUUGUGUUCAGAUCUUUGAAGAGAACCCAUGAUAUGUUUGUAGCUGAUAAUGCCAAGCCUAUCCCAUUAGAUGAAGAAAGUCACAAGGUAAAGAUGGCAGUCAAGCUGCGUACAGAGUAUGGCUCAGUGUUGCACAUGCCCACACUUAAAGAAAACUUGAGAGAGAAAGGAGGCCCAAACACUGGAGAUCCUUAUGGACACAAGCAGUUUUCUGGAAACCAAGGACAAGAACUUGAGUAUUUGAUAACUGGCACACAUCCAUACCCACCUGGGCCUGGUGUGGCUCUGACAGCAGAUACUAAGGUCCAGAGGAUGCCUAGUGAGUCUGCGGCACAGUCCUUAGCUGUUGCACUUCCUGCUUCUCAGGCCAGGAUGGAUGCAAAUCGGACAGCUGCUGGUGUGGGUGAUAUUUACAGACAUGCUGGAAUAUCUGAGCGUUCGCAGCCUCCUGGGAUGUCUGUGGCUAUGGUGGAAGCUGGUGGAAACAAAAACUCUGCAUUAAUGGCAAAGAAGGCUCCAACCAUGCCCAAGCCUCAGUGGCAUCCACCUUGGAAACUGUACAGAGUAAUCAGUGGUCACUUGGGCUGGGUAAGAUGUAUUGCAGUAGAACCAGGAAAUCAGUGGUUUGUUACUGGCUCUGCUGAUAGAACCAUAAAGAUUUGGGACCUCGCUAGUGGCAAAUUGAAAUUGUCUUUGACGGGACACAUCAGCACUGUACGAGGGGUGAUAGUAAGUGCAAGAAGUCCAUACCUCUUUUCUUGUGGAGAAGACAAACAAGUGAAAUGCUGGGAUCUCGAAUACAACAAGGUUAUCAGACAUUACCAUGGUCAUCUAAGUGCUGUCUAUGGUUUAGACUUGCAUCCAACAAUAGAUGUACUGGUAACAUGCAGCAGAGAUUCAACAGCACGAAUCUGGGAUGUAAGGACAAAAGCCAGUGUGCACACACUGUCAGGACACACGAAUGCAGUAGCAACAGUGAAAUGUCAAGCUGCAGAACCACAAAUUAUUACAGGCAGUCAUGAUACUACCAUACGGCUCUGGGACUUAGUGGCAGGAAAAACUCGUGUUACCUUAACAAAUCAUAAGAAGUCUGUACGAGCAGUAGUCCUCCAUCCAAGACAUUAUACAUUUGCAUCUGGUUCUCCAGAUAAUAUUAAGCAGUGGAAAUUCCCAGAUGGAAACUUCAUUCAGAACCUCUCUGGUCACAAUGCUAUUAUCAAUACACUGGCUGUCAAUUCCGAUGGUGUUCUGGUCUCAGGAGCUGAUAAUGGUACUAUGCAUCUUUGGGACUGGAGAACUGGAUACAAUUUCCAGAGGGUGCAUGCAGCUGUACAGCCAGGUUCUUUGGACAGUGAAUCGGGAAUAUUUGCCUGUGUUUUUGACCAGUCAGAAAGCAGAUUGCUAACUGCUGAAGCUGAUAAAACCAUAAAAGUGUACAAAGAAGACGAUACUGCGACUGAAGAAACUCACCCAGUCAGCUGGAAACCAGAAAUUAUCAAGAGGAAGCGAUUUUAGUGUGGCAGCAUAUCUGUUCUGUAAUUUUGUUUCGAUUUUCCUGCGAGCAUUCAGUCAAAUUUUGCUCUGCCUAGAGCAGCAGAGCAGAAAGUCAGCUAAGUCAUGGCCACUUCAACAUGUUUUAUAAUAAAUUUUAUUUCUCUUUCCUUUUGUCUUUUUUUGGUGUGAUCCCAGCUAAGCGCUUGCAGCUGUUAACUUUCUCUUUGUGGAACAUGUAUAGUUCAUGGAGAGGAAAGUUGUGCAGGUGUUUGCUUUUUUUAUAUGACUCUAUUGAGUGCAAGUCUAAAGAUACUGUGAUGAGCCAGGUUUUCUGAAAGGCCCUUGCAUGACUCCAAAAGUUAAUUGCAAAUUUAUGCACAGAAGCCAUCUACUGGAAAUUUCUUGAGUAACACUUUCAGAUUUUAGACAGUAUUGUUUACUGUAUAUAUCUUAAGUAUAUACUGUAAUGGAACAGUGUAUACUAAAUUAGAGUAAUGAAGAAAGAAGCAGGGCAAUAUGAAGAUAAUGAUGGAGUUUGCUUUUAUAAACACAGCCACUGAGCAUUGUGAGUGCUGUGUUACUGAAUGAAUUGCAUCUUCAAAGUGCUUAUUUCCCUAGGAAAGCAUUCGUAUGCAACUACUCAUCUUCACUUGCUCUCUUUCACAUCCUUCUAUAGCAAGGAUCACUGUCAAAUCAUGUUGUCCCCAGGCACUACAGGGUUAGAACUAGUUAACAUUUUUUCUGAAUCACCUGCUUUUUUAUCCCCAGUAAUCCAAAUCAUAUAAUGACACAAGUACAUCAAACUUUUAUGACUGAGUUCUAAGAGGAAAAGCUCUUGAUUCCAGCCUUAAUUUUAUGUAUUGCUGUCUCCCCAUGAUCUUCUACAGGAAUUUAAAAGAAAUUAAAUACUAAUGAGAGAUAAUCUGUGGUCUUGAUGGGCCAAAUCUUUCAUCGUGUUUGCAGUCAGGUAACAAGCAGUAAACAUGCAAGCCUCCUUGCUACAGCUUACCUCUGGUGUCUGUGCUGCUCUAAAGCACUUUUCACAGAGGAGUCAUCAAACCAUUCAGUUGUUGACAGCUUUGUUAGUGGUACUAAUAGCUGCAAGUUUCAUGCUGGGUGGAUGUGGAGAAUUGUCAUGCGACUACAGCAAUGAUAGCAGGUAGUUCAAAAUACUUAUUUCUAUUCUCUUAGUCCGAUUUUUUUCGAAUCUGGGAUUUAUGUUAGAGAAAUGACAGUUAUUGCAAUGUAACUUUAAAAAGCUAGUAAAACUAGGUGAUGUUUCUGUUAGGAUAAUUUUUGUCUUGUCUUUUGUGAUGCACAGAAAGUCUUGUAUUUGUCAUUUUAAGGGAGUCUAUGCUGCAUAAAUAGCCGAUUUUUGAUUGACAACUGUUGUCUGAAAUGUCUGCACAAAAACACAAGGAGAGGCUUUGGUAUUUAUAAGUUGGAUUAAGCAUCUUUUUUUUUUUAAUUUCAGUGAUCAUUUGAUCUUUUAUUCCUUUUUUCUAGAUCUUCAUUACAGCUGUUUUGAUUUUAACUAGGAUAAUGGGGGAAGAUAUAGAUUUAUGUGUAUUUUAUACUGCUACUAGUGCUUCAUUCAAGAAAUUUAUGAAAUACUGGUGUUAUACAGAAUUUUCUUGUUCACAGUGAAAUCCACCAGAGGAGACCCCAGUGGAGAGGAAUAACUUAUUUGAAUAGGGGUGAGAUUGUUGUGAGCUUUCUUAUUUGGUUUGUUUGUGGGAUUUUCUCUUUCUUUUGUUUUAGGGGUUUGUUUUGUUUCUGGUUUUUAUUUCUCUUCAUAAUAUGUAAUGAGGAAGCACUGCAUUUCUUCCAAUGUUUAUCACUUGGAAGAGACACCAGCACGUUGCAAAAAAACAUGUUUCUUCCCUGGACUUCUGCAGGGGUUGGCCAGCAUGGGGCAGUGGUUGCCAGGGCAUUCUUUCUGUGCCCUAGUGAAAAUCUGGCUUUCAGAGUAAAGUUUGCACACUGUUAUUUGGAUUAGUACUUCAUUUUGACUAACAUUUUGUGCCAGUUCUCUGUGAUUUGUUUUGUUAUUACUAAUUUUUUGUUUGUAUUAAUUAACAUCUGUUAAUUUCCUUCCUAGCAGUUUUUUAUUCCACUUUACAGUAGUGUAUCAUCACAAGUACUUCUGUAAGUGUUAUUUAUGACACAUCAAGAUUAUAAGGUUUCAUUUAAGUGCUUCUUUAGUGCGAAGAAAGCCUAGGUAGUGAGUCGAAAUACACAUAUAUCCUGUAGUUUAGGUUAGACAGUGACAUGACAACUUACAUGGACAAAUUUAAGGUGAAAACAACAGAGGAAUAUUUGGUCUGUUGGAUGUAUUUUCCAUGCUUCUGAAAAGUCACACUGUAAUGUCACUUAAAAUAAUCUUGAACAGAAGUCUAAACUCAGAAAACAAUUCCUGUCAUUUAUUUCAUACAAUUUGAUGUCUUCUGUAUAUGAUCAAAUUUCUACCAUGAGCAGUGGGUUUUGUUUUAUACUGUACAUAGUAGCACAGAAAUAAGAAAAUGGGUUUUGUUUGUAACAUAAUGCAAAAAAAUGUAACUGGUAAAAGUGAUAAAAGUGAUUUAAAGAUCACUCUGCUGUAUACUAAAGCAUACAAUGUAAGCUAUGCAGCUACAAUGCUGUCAUUUGCUGGCAGCAUGAAAGUUGUGCAGAAAAGUAUGUCUUCAGCAACUGAAAGGCUUACAGAAGUAAAUCUUUAAUAGUCAAUUUCUUUCUAGUCCUGUUAGAUAAGAAUUAAAGCGCUAUGCCUAAUUUAAGUGACAGCAAUUUAUCCACCAAUAAAACCUAUACAAUAUAA